GGCAAUGCCAAGUCCGGUGGUAUGGAAGACUCUCUUGGUCUCACAUCGAACCAGUAUAGUAUCGUUCUCCUAGUGUUUUUCGUCUCAUACGUCGUUUUCGAAGUCCCCUUGAACAUGCUCCUCACCCGCGUCCGACCAUCUUUUUUUCUCUCAGGCACAUGUCUCAUUUGGGGGGGAAUUGCUGCUUCGAUGGCUGCCGUCAAUACUUGGCAACAGCUCGCCGCCAUCCGCUUCCUUCUAGGCAUAAUUGAAGCCGGAUUUGCACCAGGUGUGGCGUUCUACCUGAGUAGCUGGUACAAGAGGCACGAGUUGGCGAAACGGUUCGCGAUUUAUUAUACUGCUACGGCAGUGUCCGGCGCAUUCUCAGGCCUAUUGGCAGGUCUCAUUACGGACAAGCUCUCGUAUGCGAGCGGUCUCGAAGGAUGGCGAUGGCUCCUGCUCAUUGAGGGUGUCGCCUCCUCAUUCGUCGGUCUCUUUGCGUGGUACUUCCUCCCUGAUUGGCCGGCGACCACAAAGUGGCUCAGUCCCGAGGAAAAGUUCAUCGCCACGCAGAGAUUGGCGUAUGAUGGUAUUGGUGGGACACAGGAUUCUGGUGCUGUCGAGCAACCGUCCCACGGCCAAGCAGCCGCUAUGGCUCUUCGGGACUGGCGAACUUGGUUUUUGGUCGUCAUGUACAUGCUUGCGACUGGAUCCCAGACAAUCCAAUACUUCAUCCCGACUCUGGUCGAGCAACUUGGUUACACUGGCUACACUAAGCAAUACAUGACCAUCCCGAUCUACGGUGUCGCCCUCGUCGGCAUCCUCACAUUCUGCUUCCUCUCCGACAUUCACAAAGAGCGAGCCCAUUACAUCACCCUGACCGCGGCCAUCUCUUGUGUUUCGUUCAUCAUCAUUGUAGCGGUAAAUAAUCAGAAGGUCAAGUACACAUUUUUGUGUCUUGCGGUCGCUGGAGUGUAUGCGGCUUGUCCGUUGACUUUGUUGUGGGUGUCUAGUCUGAUUGCCCACCCAGCUGAGAAACGUGCAGUAGCUAUUGCCAUUGUGAACGCACUCGGAAACAGCGCUUCAAUCUAUGGUUCAUUCCUCUGGCCGUCGACGACGGGACCAAGAUACGUACAGGGCUUUGCAACGACGUGUGCCUUCGUCUUCGCUCUUGCUGUCCUCGCACAAAUCAACCGCUACCUCAACAUUCGCUAUCCGCCCAUGGACCUCGCCCGCGAUACUCCGAUCGGAGAGAGCGAUGAUGGCGAGAGGGUAACGGAGAAGGAGGUCGUGUGAUUUACAUGUGACCAAGGUUAUGGCCGGUCGCCGUAAGUGCCAAGGCUCGGUGUUGAUUAUUCUAGGAACAAUUAUUUUACGAUCCUUUUUAUGCUACCUCUCUUUUGUACUGUUGCGGUGAUUGUAGUCGCGAACUGUAGAGUUCGGUAUCGAUCUCUGGUCACGGUUUAAUAUCCCAGUCCGCAAAAUGUCCUUGUCGACAAGUUAUGGCUCGUGUCUGAACUUUCAUGUGUCAUUCC